AUGGCGCCCGUGACGGUAAAUCUGGUCGAAGACCAGCUCAAGCGCGUCAUCCAUGCGCUUUUUCAAAUCCAGCUCUCUGUACAUGGAUACCAGGCGCCGGAAACUGCUUCGUCGCUGAAAAGUCAAAUCCAACACCUCGUGUCCACACUCACCGACCUAACGUCCACUGCGCCGGAACUCGCAGUCUCCAUCCCGCCCGAGAUCAUCGCGUACGUCGAGGACGGGCGCAACCCGGACAUAUACACGCGCGAAUUCGUCGAGCUCGUGCAAAAGGGGAACCAGUACCUCAAGGGCCGCGCCGAGGCGUUUGGUUCGUUUCGCGACAUUCUCGCGGCGGAAAUGAGCAGCGCGUUGCCUGAGCUCAGGCAGGAUGUCGAGCGCGUGGUCCUUGCCACGAGUGGUGCGGAGACUGCUCCUCUCUCUGCUCCCUCUCCUGGUGCUGCUGGUGCUACUGCUUCUGGUGGUGGUAUUAUCUCCGCUGGCGCUACGGCUUCAAGUGGUGGUGAUGGCGGCGCCGGAGGUGCACAUGCAUCUACGUCUGCAUCUGCACCAGGACCGGGACCGGGUCCAGAUAAUGCAGCACCGGCUUGA